CAUUUGGAAGGCCGUAACAAUGCGCCACCUGCUGACCAUAGGCUGAACAGAUAAUGACUUGCACAUACGGUAUUAUUCCAAAUACAUUGAGGGACAGCUAUUUUACAACGUACCACACACACAUUCUUUGCAAUAAAUACGACUUUGGGGGUAGUCUUGAGCCGUCUUCGACACCGCCGCAAGAUGGCGGCGGUAUGACGCGAUGGACGCUUUAGCUGCCGUAAAGCCGCCAUAGAUGACGAAAAAGGCGGAAGUCCGCAGAGGACGAAAGUCAAGGCGCCUGGUGGACUGGGUUUAAUCUUAAUCUUAACCUUAAAAAUGCUGUGUACAAAAGACUUUGUAAGGCAGCGACUGAUGGUGGCUGCCGAUGAAAUUUUCGGCCUGUUUGAAAGAACGAUGGCGUCCUACAAGGAAGAACUCUCUCGAUUAAGAGAGGAGAACGAGCGGCAACGGCAACAACUGGAAGCUCUUAGCAAGAGUCGCAAUCUUCUCCUCGUCGAAGGUGUCCAGCAGCUGAUUGGUCUCCGAGAAGAAUGUGCCCCUCAGCCGCAGGAGGAUCCCCAGCCCCCCCAUGUUAAAGAGGAAGAGGAGGAACUCUGGAUCACUCAGGAAGGAGAGUGUCUUCUCGGCCCGGACGAGGCUGAUCUCACCAAGCUGCCACUGACCGUCGUCUCUGUGAAGACCGAAGACCGUGAAGACAAAUCGCCCGAGUCCUCACGGUUUCACCACAGUCCGGGUGAGGAGAACGGAGAGGCGGAGCCUCCAGAAGUCGACAGAGACCGCCGUGGAGGAUCACAACUAGACAAGCUCUUAGCUCCGCUAUCAGACAGUGACGAGGUUGACGAUGAAGACGGGGACGACACCCGCGAAUCCGCGAGCAGCGAUACAGACUGUGAAGGUGACAUGAGGACUAACGCUGGCAACAAACGCCCGGAAUGCUCUAAAAAGAAGACAGGAAAGAAAGGUUUGACAUGCUCAGUUUGUGAUAAAAGCUUUUCUAAAAAGCGCUAUCUGACUCGACACAUCAGGACACACACAGGAGAAAAAACCUUUGGUUGUUCAGUUUGCGGUCAAAGAUUCUCACAACAGACGCACGCGCUGUCACACAUGAGAACGCACACUGGAGAAAAACCUUUCAGAUGCUCAGUUUGCGGUGACAAAUUUGUGCAGAGUUCCACUUUGACCAGACACAUGAGAACGCACACGGGAGAAAAACCUUUUAGUUGCUCGGUGUGUGGCGACACGUUUGCUCAGAGGAACAGCUUGAAUAGACACAUAAGGACGCACACCGGAGAAAAACCCUUCUGUUGCUCAUUUUGCGGGAAAAGCUUUUCUUGCAAGAAUAACAUGAACGUGCAUCUCAGAACGCACACGGUGGAAAAACCUUUCAGCUGUUCAGUCUGCGGGGAAAGAUUCUCUCAAAAGUCAAACUUGGUGAAACAUGUGCGAACGCACACGGGGGAGAAGCCUUUCGGUUGUCCCGUUUGCGCCGAGCGAUUCUCUCAAAAGUCAAAUAUGAUGAAACACAUGCGAACGCACACGGGAGAAAAACCUUUCAGUUGUUCAGUCUGCGGGGAGAGAUUCUCUCAGAAGUCAAACAUGGUGAAACACACGAGAACACACGCGGAAGAAAAAACAUUUUCCUGUUCUUUUUGUGCCAAAGCGUUCACUCAGCACGACGCUUUGGUGGAUCACAUGCGUAAUCACACAGGAUAACCAAACUAGGGCUGUCAACUGAUUAAAAAAUGUAAUCACGAUUAAUCACAUUUUGUCCAUAGUUAACUCAUAAUUAACCACAUGUAUAAAUAGGCUUUUAUCUGUGAUAAGUAGGGAUGUAAAUCUCUUUGUGGUAAACGAUUCGAUACGCAACUCCAACGAUAUCAAUUUUGGGAAUAGUAAAAAAUACUCUACAGUUAGAAAGCCCACAGUUUUCGCAUGUUUAAUGCGAGCAGCAAAUUGUUCACUAUGUUUGACGGUCCUUGAACGCACCUUGAGUGCUCAUGUGCAUAUUUGUGUCAUGCUCAAAGUCCAGGCUCAUACUGGUCGAUGGUGGCUCUGUAUUCAUUUUGUUCUCUUAAUUUGAUGUUGUUCCCGUCGUAGUUUUAAGGGUACAUCAUCAAUAAGAUCAAUUAGAUGCUAUGAUCUAACUCUGUUUUGCUGAUGUGUUGAAAAUGUUUCCCGGUGAGCAGCUAGCCCGCUGCUAAUGCUAUCUACACCAAUUCUUGUCUAACAUCGUGGCCACAUCGACACAAGCCCCCAAAUAGCUGUCCUCGGCUAUGCCUGCCAUUAAAUAGCAGUAACCCAAAUUUUAGCUCUCAGUUCAAAGCAAAAAAUCAGCCGAGAGACUUGUAUGCCAAGGUACCACUGCAUAAAUGACAAUUUAAGUCACUUUUUGCUUCUCUCUGGCAGGUGAUGUGCUCCGGGGCAACUCAAAUUGUGGCGACGGUAGAUACAACUAACUUUGGUCUUGCUGCGACAGCCAUCUGCCAGGGCUUUGAAGCUAAAGUGCCGCUAAUAAACAGUGCCGACAUACAACUUGUAUUUGAGUGUGGUAGAGGUUUUGCUUUUUAAAUGUAUUUUUGAUUAGACACCAAAGAACGCACAGGAGAAAAACCCUUUUGUUGCUCAGUUUACGGCAGACGUGAGUAAGAACGCUUUUGAGAAUUAUUGUUUUUCUGUCCAGUUUGUGCUAAAAGAUUGUUAAAUCGCAGUUGUGUCGUGUCACACGUGAGAAGUCACCCAGGAAGUGGUGAUCUGCUGUGUGUUUGAAAGUUAGUGUGCCGCUAACAACAGUAGCUAUAUUACUGUUAUUGUUAUUAUUAUUACUCCUAAAUAUAUGUUUAUGUUGUGGCAUUUUUUUAAAUUUUACUCUAAUAAACUGAA